AUGGACAAGGUGAUCAUCGCCCUCCACUGGAACGAUAGAUUCGACGCCCUAUCCUUGGCUGGAAAGUGGACAGUCCUCCGAUUUCUCGGGUACUGCGCAGUCCAGGGCGGACCUCCCAGUCUCAUAUUCGCCCACUGCGGCGAACAGAGAGACGCAGCUCUUCUCCAACUCAUUGAAUAUGAGUCGACAGUCCAUGUCGAUGUUCAAGAAUUCGUAAUAGCGAGCUCGGGACGGAGACCGAAUGGUCAACCCUUCAUCUUCGUGCGUCGUGCGGCAGACGUACUGCUGAGCCAGGUGAGCUUGACCAUGUUCCUGUGCAUCGUCGCGCAAGAUCUAAUCUCGGUGACUGUCCAUCAGACACGCAUUGCACCCCAGCCGGCCGGACAACUCCCACAAGGAGCGAACCCCAUCCAAUCGGUCAACUCGGCAGGCUCCCAGUUGCCAGCACAGCCCGUUUCGCAGCCGUUCAACGCACCGUUGCCCGCUUCUCCCGCUGUGAAGCGUGAGGUCUUCGACAUGACUUGGCUCUAG